CAGCAAUCAUUCGAAUUUGAGCAACUCGAGCGAGCGCAUCGCAGCUCUAAAACUUUUUUUUUUAUCUUCACCCAAACUCUAAGCAUAAUGGAUAAUCGACAUGCGCUGCUGAAGUUCUCGUUUUUGGCGCUUCUAGUGCUUCUCUUUAUUUGUGUGCAGGCAACAAAUGCGGGGAGUCAGCAGAAAAAGAAGAAAAUUGUUAUACAUGUGCCCAUUCACAAGAAGAUCGAAAAACAUGUCCAUACGAUCAUUAAGCAUGUCCAUCAUCACCAUAAGCCACUCGUACUAAAGGAGGAGAAGAAGAUUAUACAUGAAGAGCAUCGUCCAAUUCAAAUUCAUCAGACUAAAGAGCAUAUACAUCACCAUGAGAAGCAUGACCAUGCCCACGACCAUCAUGAGCAUCACGAGCACCAUCAUCCCAUUGAACAGGCACCAUCCAUAGAGGAGGAAGAGGAGCACAUACAUCAUCAUCAUAAUUAUGAGCACAAAGAUGGUUUCCUCGGCAGCAGUGAUUCAGAUGCCAGCAGCAGUAGCAGCAUCAGCAACAUCAACAACAGCAACAGCAGCAGCAGCAACAACAAUUAAAUCGAUGUGAAAUCAAAUCCUAUUGCAGCGCAAGUGCAACAAAUGGACAAUAGUCUUCGAUUUGCAAGUGGCUGCAUUGUUAUUUUUAUUGUUUUUUUUUGCCCGAAUUCCAGCCUCCCGUUUGUGCCAAUUCACACAUACACGCACCCACAGUCACACAAACACGCCUACACUUUUGCGCGCUCCUCUUCCAACACUUCCCUUUCAUUGCCUCUUCCCCUCUCCCUGCCUACCUCCCUACCUUAUCCUCUCUCUCAGUCUUUCUUAUUGUAAGCAAGCAUUCCCACUCAAAUUUCAACUCCGCUUUUGAGCUUUAAGCUCCUCUCCAAACACCCCACCCCAAAACCUGCAAAUUAAGCGAUAACAAAUUGAUAAUCGAGUGAAAAAAAAGAUUAAAAAUACAAAUAUUAAGUUAAUAAAACAACAGA